AUGGACAAAAAGUCCUGGCGUUUCACCCCUCUCUGGCUCCUUGCCGUCGCGUAUCAACGUCUCGACGGUUUGUGCCACGUCGGCGUCUCUUCUGCUUUUCCUUCUUUUCAUUCUCGGCUUCUUCAAUGCUAUCAGUUUUCGACUGAUUGGCUUCUUUUCCACUAAACGUUUUGAUAUUAUUUAAGAUUUUCUAAAAAUUAAUUUUUUAAAUUAUUUCUUUGCUAGGCAAAUGCUUGAUUGAAUUUCGCCGAAAAAUUUUUGCCCAUACGUUGGUUGGAUCCUACUGCAGCCUUUUACGCUCGAAAAUGAAAUAAACAAAAAUGUCCCAUGUCGAAUAGCCGUGGUCCUAUCCUGAUAUCAAUGAUUAUCAAUGGACUGGCUCUUUUUUUUUGGCUCUUUUUUUUUUAAAUUCCUGCAGUGACAUAUCUGUCCUUGUGUGUGACGGUUGGAGAUUAUGAAGUCGUGGUUUUCCCACUGCCAACAUUUCUUAAACUCUUUGGUUGUGUCGAGGCGGGGAUCGAACUUGUGACCCUUUGGACUGUAGACAAGCACACAACCUGUUGCUCUGCAGCGCGCCCCAUUUUGAUUUUGACGAUACUUAUCGCUGCUUAUUCAAAAUUUUCCUGCAAAAAUCUGGAAAUCUGAGGUGGAUCAAACCUGAGCAUAGCGUCUUGGCAUAUCUAAUUUUUACUUUCCAAAAUAUUGAAUAGUUUACAAUUUCCGGUCCCCCCCAUUAGUUCAGUAUUAAUUUCUUUUUUUGCAGCCUCUGGUUGGCGAACCUUUGAACUGGCGACCUCGUCGUCUGCUCCAGUUGCCGGCCAAAUAUGAUGACUUCUUCUCGAGAUAUUUUCAUCGUGUCUGCAGCUGUUGCGAAAAGGUCAGUGGCUUGAAAGAAUAUUUUUGAAUUUCUCGUUAAGUUUUUUUUUUAAAUUUUACAAUAGUUUAACAAUAUGCGUUAUCUGUAGCGAUACAGUGAGAGGAUUCUUCGUGAAAAGACUGAUUUUUUUUCAUCCUCCGUCACAUAAGUUUCACUUAUUUCACGAAGAAGUUACCCAGGAGUUCUCAGAGCUUAAAGUUGAAAGUUUAAAAGCUGUACAUCUCGAUUUUUUUUAAAACUGUUUUCAAACUUUUUCAAUGCGUUUCGUACAUACAUGGACAGACACUUAUCAAAGACAACCAAAACCUCCGCCUCAGUGUUUUUUAAACUCGAGUCUGUAGAGCAUUUUGAGGUGAUUCCAUACUAUUUUCGUCACCUUCCUGAAGUUAAAAAUCAAUUUUAUUUUUUAUUUUAGCACAUUUUUGUAAGUCACCCCUUCCUUCUGGACUAAUUGAGUUUUGUAGCAGGUCACAUAUGUUUGCGUGAAACGUAGCCUGUCCAACUUAUGAGUAACCUUAUCCAAAGCUACAGGUACCGACGAAUCCCGUUAUUUGUCUUCUCUGUGCCCAGUUGAUCUGUCUGGACGAGUGCUGCCGUGUGCAGCGGGACUCGGAAAUCGAGAGAGUUGGUCGAGGCUGAGUCUGUUGAUCUUCAAUCAGAGGUUUCAGCACGCCGACGCAUGUUCAGCUUCCAGCGGCCUCUUUCUGUCGCUCAACUCCUCGCUGGUCAUCGUCGUCCGCACCAAAAUGGCCGCCAUCUGGGGCUCAGUCUACCUCGACGCCCACAUGGAGGAGGACCGCAACUUGCGUCGAGGUCGGUAGCAAAUUCGAGAAACUUUUCAACUUUUCUCAAAUCUUUACUAUCCUAAAAACCAUGUGCUCGAGGAAAAAUAUUUGUUUAGGACAGAGAAAAGAUUAAUUUAAAAGUUUAAAAAAUUAAUAAAAAUAAAGAAAACUGAAAUAAUAUAUCUUUGAAAUUUGAGAAAAAAAUUAUUCAGUAUUAAUAAGAGCGGGAUUUUUCUCUAUUGCUCAUCCAUUUUCUGAUAAUGAAAAAUUCUUCAUUCAAAUUAGGAAAAAAACAAUCACCAUAAAUGGAAAAAUUUUCAGGUAAGCCGCUGCACCUGUCGGCUCCGCGUUGGCGCUGCCUGGAGCACGACUGGGCCGAGCAGGAGUGGCAGAGCGUGAACCAGUGGUUCCAGCUCUCCGGCACUAAUUUUGCCUUGCAAAUCCGCGACGCCUACCUGUACAACCGUUAG